CAAGUCCACUCUUUCUCGGGAGUGUGUUAUGUCUCGUUGGCAGUUCUGCGUGACGUCCGGGAAGCGGGAGUUGCCUGGGAGACGUCGGGGAUUGAGUCCUGGCACGACGGUAACAUGUCUAAAAGGAAAGGAUUAUCCUUUGAAGAGAAGCAAAAUCGAAUGAUGGAAAUAUUUUUUGAAACGAAAGAUGUGUUUCAGCUUAAAGAUUUGGAGAAGAUUGCUCCAAAGGAGAAGGGGAUCACUUCGGUAUCAGUGAAGGAAGUCCUACAGAGUUUGGUUGAUGAUGGUAUGGUGGACACUGAUCGAAUAGGAACUUCCAAUUAUUUUUGGGCAUUUCCGAGUAAAGGUCUUCAUGUUCGAAACCAAAAACUGGAAAAUUUGGAGAGACAGCUUAUUGAAGGAACUGAAAGGAAACAAAGUUUGCAUCUAGGUAUUGAGAAAGCCAAAGUAGGACGUCAGAAUACAGAAAAUCGUGAAGCUUUAUCAAAAGAAUUGGAAGAACUUCAACGAGAAAGGAAUCAGUUGAAAGCAGAAUUGGAAAAAUACAAAGAAUGUGACCCAGAAGUUGUAGAAGAAACAAGGCAAUUGAACAAAAUUGCAAAGGUUGCCGCCAAUAGAUGGACAGAUAAUAUCUUUACCAUAAAAUCUUGGGCUAAGAAAAAAUUUGGAUUUCAACAGAAUCAAAUUGAUAAGACUUUUGGAAUUCCAGAAGAUUUUGAUUAUGUUGACUGAUGAUUUCGAGUUGCACCAAUCAGUUUGUUCCUGGUUUGAGUUUGUAUCAGCUGUUGUGGUAAUAAUAAAACUGCUUAA